CCAAAGGAUAUUGCCAAAAAUACUUUUGGGCUCAAACAGAUAUAUUGAUUGCAAUUUUCUCUGUUGCUUUCUUAGUGUUCGCUGAAUAGCAAUGUUGUUGAUUGGACGAGAUCUUUGCAUUGUUUUUCUUGCAGGUGUUUUCUUGUUAUUGCUUAGAACUGCUUGAGAAGUAUAAAAGCAUAAGUGGAGGACCCUUUAGACAUAUUAACCUCUUCAUAUAUGGGAUUUUAGCAAUGAUACAGAAGGUUUCAUAUGUAACUCUCUGGGAAUUGAGCGUUGGCACCCUCAUGUAAGCUUGCGGAUUUGGGACUCAAAGGCCAGUUUCCUCACGGCGUAGUGAAUUGUACAAGUUUAACAGGCUUAGAUCUUUCGAGCAACAACCUCAGUGGAUCAAUUCCCAGUGAUAUUCAUAAAUUGAUCCCACUGUCUUUCAUGCAACUGGCUGUCCCUUUUGGGUCUUUCACUCUUUCAGAUAACCCAACAUCACAUACCCCCCCUCUGAAAACCACCUCCCCACUCUGAUCAACGUCAAGGAAUCGGGGCCCACUCUUUCUCAUAUGCCCAUCUUUGGCUUUGGCCCUCUAUUCUUUCUCUUCCCUCUCUUAACAGAGCAUUGUCUCUUUCCUGCUUACUCGUAUCCAGAUCCACCAACUCCCUGCCUCAACUUCAACCUCGCCCUUUCCGUCGCUGGCAACUUAUUCCACCCGGGCUUCCACGCGCACGACACCACCACCCCCGCCGUUUCCAUCAACCCGUACCCGGUGAGCCAUGGGAAUCCUAGCGAUUCAAUUCGAGACGUUACCACUACGGGCAGCGAAGCUCCAGAGGUCAUGAUUUGGUUUCUGGCUCGGGUUGGACAAUUCGCUGAUCGAGAAACAAGCAUGCAUUCAUGUAGCCGGAAAUGUUGGAAAGAAGAAGCAUGAUUACAUUAGGUUAUUGUCCCCAGUUCCCCACAUAAAACAGAUCAUGGUCCCCAGGCUGAUAUUGAGUGGAAUGAAAUUUGAUAUCCUUUUCAAUUUCUUCUCUAUGCAUGUACAA